AUGUGUUAUAUGGAUCAUCGUGUUUUUUUGCCCGAGGAUCAUAAAUAUAGGUCAAAUGUUAGGAAUUUCAAUGGGAGCAUAGAAGAUAGGCCACCACCAAAGUUGUUAACUUUGGAACAAAUCUCAAAUAAACUAAAGGACGUCAACAAUGAUUUUGGCAGGUUGCAAAAGAAAAGUAAUAAUGGUCCAUGGAAGAAAAAAUCAAUAUUUUUUGAGUUACCAUAUUGGAAGCAUAAUACUUUACGCCACAACCUUGAUGUGAUGCAUAUAGAGAAAAACAUAUUUGAUAGUAUAAUUGGGACUUUAUUGGAUAUCCCAGGAAAGACAAAAGAUCAUAAAAAUGCAUGUUUAGACUUGAAAGAGAUGGGUAUUAAAAAGAAACUUCACCCCAAAGAGGUAGAUCAAGGAAAAAAGUCAGUGUUUGCAAAAACAUGCUUUUCCAUGACUGCAAAGGAGAAAACUACUUUUUGUUCUGUAUUGAAAAAUGCAAAAAUACCAGAUGGUUGUGCUUCAAACAUUUCAAGGUAUGUUCAACUUACUGAAAAGAAAGUUAGCGGAUACAAGAGCCAUGAUGCACAUUUCAUGUUGCAUUACUUGCUUCAAGUGGCUGUGAGAAGUACAAUGCCAAACCAGAAGGUGAUUGAGGUGGCAGAUUUAGAUAUCUUGCAAUAUGAGAUUGUAGAGACACUUUGCCAAUUCGAGACAAUUUCCCCCCCGAGUUUCUUUGAUAUAAUGGUUCAUUUGCCAAUACAUUUAGUGAAUGAGAUGAGAAUGGGAGGACCUAUUCAAUUUCGGUGGAUGUAUUUUCAUAGUGGUGUUGAAACAAGAUUCACUAGAAUAACAAGGAAUAGUGAUAUAUGUGAUCCUCAUGAACGUGAAAGUUCAAGCUCUUGUCUCAAUGUUGGUCAUCCUAUUGGAGGAAAGAGAAAGGGUGAAGCAAUUUCUUUGGAUUGCAAAUCAAGGAGUUUAGCCCAUCGUUACAUCUUAUUCAAUCAUGAAGAUAUCCAAAAAUUUAUACGUGAGCAUGAAACUAAAAAUCCCAAUAAGAGAAACGGGUGGAGAAAAGCAAAGAGUCAAGGUUUAGAUUUUGUUGAAUGGUUUAAGAAGCGUGCAUUGUUAAGUGAUGUAUCUGAAAACCUUAGGAAGCUAUCCAGAGGACCAAAUGAAAUUGCACGAUGUUUUUCUGGUUAUGUAAUUAAUGGAUAUAUGUUUCAUACAAAACAACGUAAUGCUAAACGUAAAACACAAAAUAGUGGUGUGACACUGGCGGCAAUAACUGAAAGUUUUUCAAGUACCAAAGAUGAAAAUCCAAUAACACAGUCAAUAACUUACUAUGGAUUAAUUACAGAAAUAAUUGAGGUAGACUAUUAUGGUAAGUUGAAGUUUGUGUUAUUUAGAUGUGACUGGUUUGAAGUUGAAGAGGAAAAAUAUGGGAUGACUUGUGUUUACUUCAACAAGAGAUGUUACAUGGAUGAUCCUUUUGUAUUGGCUUCUCAAGUUCACCAAUGCUUCUACAUUCAAGAUCCUUCUGAUGCAAAUAAACAUUAUGUUAUGAAAUCUAUUCCGAGGGAUUUUUUUAACAUGAAUGAACAAUAA